AAUCGACAAUGGCGGACAGUGCGAGUGAGUUGGAGAGCGAUACCAGCUCUAUUGAUGGGGGACCGACGAUGAAACCCCCAUCUCCGGCUCAGCUAGAACAGUUGCAAAAGCGACUGGAGUCAAUUCAACAGGAAAAUAGAGUGCUGAAAAUGGAAUUGGAGACGUAUAAGUUAAAGUGUAAAACGUUGCAAGAAGAGAAAAAAGAACUCCAAAAAGCCAGUGUCAAUAUUCAAGCCAGAGCAGAACAAGAGGAAGAAUUCAUCAGUAACACACUUUUAAAGAAAAUCCAGGCAUUAAAAAAGGAAAAGGAAGCACUAGCUAUGAAUUAUGAACAGGAGGAAGAAUUUCUUACAAAUGACUUGUCGAGAAAAUUGAUGCAGUUGAGACAAGAGAAGGUGGAGCUGGAACAUACUCUGGAGAAAGAACAAGAGUACCAAGUUAACAAAUUAAUGAGAAAGAUAGAAAAGUUAGAAAGAGAAACUCUCACAAAACAAUCCACUUUAGAACAGCUCCGUCGGGAGAAAGUAGAGCUGGAGAACGCAUUGGAGCAGGAACAGGAAUCGUUGGUCAAUAGGUUAUGGAAACGCAUGGACAAGUUAGAGACAGAAAAAAGGAUGCUACAGGAAAAGCUAGACCAGCCUGUUACUGGUCCACCGUCGCCACGGGAGAUGAACAACGGAGACACUGCCAACAACCUCGCCCAACACAUAGAGAACCUGAGGGGAGAGGUGAAUAAAUUGAAGGACAUGCUGCGGGCUGGACAGCAGGAACAUGAGCAGAAAAUGGCACAGUAUGCACAGGAAGAGAAACAUAUCCGAGAAGAAAAUCUACGUCUUCAAAGAAAACUCCAAAUGGAGAUGGAGCGAAGAGAAAGUCUCUGCCGCCACCUUUCAGAAAGUGAAUCAAGCUUAGAAAUGGAUGAUGAAAGACAUUUUAAUGAGAUGACGAAACAACAGGAGAUAGGUCAUGGAGCCAGACCACGAACAGUUUCAAGUCCUAUCCCAUACGGUUCUCCUAACACAUCCAGACCUAUGUCACCAGGGUUGAACUACCCAGCGUUCAGCCCCCCUAGUCCCAUGAGAAGAAGUACGGGAAGUUCUCCUUUCCACCCUCCUUCUCAGAUGCCGAGCUCCUCACCACCAGUACACAGCCAUAUGACGAGCAUGCAUCAGAAAGCAAGGCCAAGCCCCGACAAGUUUGCCCGACCCAGUAGUUUUCCCGAGAGAAAUGAGAAAACCUGAGACUUGGUCCAUCAACAUACGGAGCACAUCCAUCUAGCCUGCUGCCAUACCUACAGCUCCAGCUGUCGAGCAUUUUUGGACUUUCAUUGCCAGGACUGUUUCGUUGGUGCUAUAUCUCCUGUGGACUUUUAGUGUUCUGUACACGCCUACUAACGCUUACCUACCACAACUGUCAGGGUGAUCAAUCAUCGCGCAGUGUCAUCGAAGAGAGGAUUGCAGUCCGUACAUGAGGUGCUAAUUAGUGCCCUUUCUGUUAUAAUUACCAAACAGUGGAAAUUGUGGCCGGACGAUUUGGGAAUAGAAUUUAGAAAUGUAUUUCUCUUUUUUAUUUUCCAGAUACUAUUUCUGAUUUUUGGAAAGGUACCAUUUUGCAAUUUUCAGAAAGGUCACUUAUUGAAGUGGUUUAUGUUUUCGUUUUACUAACCAAAUGUGGAGGUAUUUUAUGAAGCAUUCUAGUCCCUGUACUCUUGGUGAAUGUGUGUGCUUGUAUGUGUGUAGAGGUUUAAAUGAGGUAUAUAGUUCAUGGGUGGGGAUAUUCAUCAAUUCUGCUGAAUGAUAAGAUAUUUUUGUUAAGUUUAUUAUUCUGUUGGGGAAAUGUCAUUGUCAUUUUCUGCCAAUCAGGAGUUUACAGUACCUAGACUUGAAUUCUAAUCAAAAAUCUGUAAUAUUUGUUUUGAACAUGAGUAAUUUCAUAAUCUGUUCAUGAACAUUUUUUUUUUGUCUGAUGGAAAACAAUUUUUUUUUAAAUCCCUGGUCAUUAUAACAUUAAAUAAUGAAAUAGUUACUUUCAGUAUCUUAACUAGGAAACAUAUUUCAGAUCUUACUUCCGGAUCAUAGUUAAGGAUCUUUAAUAAACAAUUCUUCCAUAAUAACAUUUUUAAAUUCUUAAAAAAAAUGUGUAUAAAAAUAUACACAAAACUUUAACAGACUGAAGAAAAAUGUUUCUAUUAAUCUUUCAGAGAAGUCAUUUAGAAGAUAGCUUCAUCAAAUGAGAAACUGAAUUCUUGCAAUUGUUAGUUUAUUUAUUAACACUAAAAGUUUUGAAAGUCUAAGAAUUGGUGUUCGAUAACAUUUUGGAUAAUACUUGAUACAAACUUAGAAGUAUUUGAUACAGACUUAUAAAAAAAGUGAAUCACGAUCAAUCAAAAUUGGGCUAUGUGACAAUUGUUUGAAGUGAGGUUAAGCAUCUUUCUGGAUAAUGUCUUGAUUUAAUCUGCAUGUAUUUGCCUUUCUUCUUUGAGAUAGCCUGGAAUUUUUUUGUUGAUGUUUCUGUGUGAAAUUGAAGGUUGAUAGUUAUGUUUGUACCUUUAGCUUGUUAUUGUCUCGUAGUUUGAAAAACAUGAAAAUAUUUGGAAAAUAUUUGUUUUCCUUUAUUAUCUUAUGAAUUGUAUUAACUGUAUGUUCUAAAUAAUUAUAACCAAUCAUUAGUUCAUUGUGAUAAUAUAAGGUGUAUGCUUGUAUCUGUAAAAUUUAAUUAUCUGUAUCGGAAGAACAUUCGUUCUACGUGUUUGUGAUUUGGUAUACCCUUGACAAGUCUUCCGUACUGCAGCAUCGCCGUCAUUCCUGUUUACGCUGAUUUUAAUGUUUCUUGGCUCAUAUCAACUUGGUUGAGUUUCCUCUCCACCAUCUACAGUUUUGAAAUCUUAACAUAUUGAUUUGCAGAGCUUGCAUUUGAUAAAAAAAUCUCUAAAGAAAGCUGACAGAGCAAGCAGACUUGUAUAGUUGAUCAAUGUCUAUAUGUUCUUGAUCAGUUAUAAAUUGUAUAGUGAAACCUGUCUAAUCUGAUUGAGUUUUCUGACAUACUGUCUAAUCCGACAUGUAUGUCAAUAACAUUUCUACCAAAAACUAACAAAGAAAACCUCUGUUUUCUAAAGAUAGCACAUGAAUGACAUCACUGUAUCCCAGGAUUACAUCAGAAAACAAUAUUUCCUCUGGUCUAAGUAUUUACAUCUGUUUAUUAUAGUUGAAAUAUGCAUUGUGCGAUGAUGAUCAUCUCGAAUUUCUUGUUAAUGCUAUUUUCAUUUACAUGUAUAAGCUUAGAUAUUGGAACCUUGUUCCAAUUUCCCAAAUGUAAGACCUUUUGAAGUCUUUGUCAAUAACUACAAACAAAUGUAGAGGCCUUCUGAACUGACUCGAUAAACAAGCAUAGACAUUCUUGUUCAGUUCUUGUGUAGAAAAAGAUCCAAUUGAAGGAUGUUGGCAUUGAACCGUCGGUUCGUAAUUGGAAAAGUUUGCAUUGUUGACUUAUGAGAGUAGUAAGAUGGAACUUUGUUGUUUUGAAAAAGACCCAAUUGAAAGCAGUUGGUAUUAGAAAUGUAAGUUGUUAGAGGCGAUUGCAUUGUUAACUUGUGCGAGUACUACAGUAGAACCUUGUCGAUCUAGCCCGGUGUUUAUAGAGGUAGGCUGUUGUGUAGAUACAGAGUGUGUGGAUACAGGUGGUUUUGUAGAUUAACAGAGUUCUGCUGUAAAAAGAGGAGUUUUGUGAAAUAUAGUUUGGGAGGAAAAUGAUUGCGUGUCUUGUUGCGGAGAGCCGAGUCAUGUUUUUUUGUUAUUUCGACUCGGUAUCAUGACUGAGGUGUAUAGACUUGUUAUGAUAAACAGGAGAAAGAAUUCACCAUGAUUUCUUAUAUAUCAUUUCAUACCCGGUUAUAGUUUGGACUUGUGUCCUAGGGUUUGUCCCAACCUUAUUGUGAGAAGGAUAUUGGUUCAAGUAUGUCCGUCCCUGGAUUUUGGUUUUAUUUUGAGGUUAUAUCAAAUGUGUUAGAUAUAGAAUAAAGUAAAAAAAAUUGUCAUGACCUGAUAAAAAUAUUAAAACAAAAAACAAAAACAAAAAAAAAACAAUGGUAGUUUAGGUCAAUUUUGAUCAACCUUGUUAUAUUGUUGUAA